CAUCAAAUGAAACAGAAUGGAAAGAAACAUGACAGUUUCAAGUGACAUCCUGCAGAUCCAAGGUUUCGACAUAUCUCCAGAGUUCACAUACCCUGUGUUCUUCUUGCUGCUGUUUUUCUACUUUUCCCUGCUCCUCUCAAACAUUGGCGUUCUUGUGCUUAUCAUCACUGAGAAGAGUUUGCACCAGCCGAUGUACAUACUCUUCUGUAACCUGCCCGUCAACGACCUGAUAGGUAACACAGUCCUACUUCCUCAGCUGAUGGCUCACGUCAUCUCAACUGAACGCUACAUCACCUACAACCAGUGCGUGGUUCAAGCCUUUCACAGCCACACGUUCGGGUCAGCUGCACACAUGAUUCUCGUCAUCAUGGCAAUCGACAGAUAUGUUGCCAUAUGUCACCCCUUGAGGUACCACUCCAUUAUGACCACCAGAACUGUAAUCGGGCUGUCAGCCACUGCAUGGGGAGUGUCCUUAGUGCUUGUGUCCGUUUUGAUAGGUCUUACGUUGAGGCUGUCCCGCUGUACGUCUGUUAUACACAAUGCUUAUUGUGACAAUGCAUCGCUGUUCAAGCUUUCUUGUGAAGAUGUGUCCAUCAACAAUAUCUAUGGACUCUUUUUCACUGUGCUGCUGUUUGGUUGCUCAAUUGGAGGCAUAGCGCUCACAUACUUCAGGAUAGCUCUCAUCUGCUGGAUCAAGAAAAACAAAGAGUUGAAUAACAGGGCCAUGCAAACCUGUGCGAGCCACCUUGUCCUCUAUCUUAUCAUGCUCUGGUCAGGGUUUUUAACCAUCAUAUUGCAUCGUUUCCCAAAUUACCCAGAUUUAAGGAAGAUCGCAUAUAUUCUAUUUCAUGUUGUCCCUGCCAAUUUGAAUCCGAUCAUUUAUGGAAUGCAAUCACGAUCAUUGCGUGAAAAAAUAAUUCAAAUCCUGCACAGGAAGGGGACUCCAACCUAA